AUGCUUGGCAGCUCCAUCAGGAGUGUUGCACCAUUUGACAGUAAAACGGUCCAUAUUGGUGCUCUCACGUCCGUAGUCGAGAACAUCACAGGAGACACCCAUAAGGGUGGCCCCCUUGGGAUCGGGCACACCACAGGCAGGAUCCACACCAAGUCUCUUUAUGUUGGUGAUUUUGAUAGCCCAUCCAAUACGUCGGCUGGAGGCGUUGAUGAUCUUGAUGUGCUCUCUUCAACGGAGUAUCGUCUCUUCUAUUCAAUACAACCGAUGGACUAUGUCCGGUACGUGAGCUGUGAUCUCACUUCAGUGCCCGUUUCGGAAAAUCCAAGUCCUGUACGGAAUUUGGUCAAGCGAUUGAGCGAGGUCUCAUCCUGGAUUACCCAUAUAAUCGUGAGCCAGCCUACACAUGAUGACCGGAAAGUUGCUCUCACAGCUGUUCUUCGUAUAAUCGAGACUUGCUGGAACAUAGCAAAUUUCAAUGCGGCUGUCGAGAUAAUGAUGGGUCUGAAGAGCGAAAAGCUUAGGCCAUUUUGGUUGUCACUUCGUCAAGAAGAGAAACAACAAUACGAGAAGUUAUGCGAAAUCCUUCUCCCGUCUAAUCAAGCGUUGCCAUCACAAGCUUACAUCGAUGCUAUCCAGCGAGCUCUUCGAAUGUCCCAAUCAAGACUGAUUCCUUUCUUUGGCAUUUUUUUGAGAGAUUUAUAUGCUAUUGUCAACGAUCUCCCCAACAUUGUAGUUAUCGGUCAUGAAGGUGACAGAGAGAAGCUCGAGUUUAUGAACGAUCCUCACGGGGAAGAUCACUUCUCGUCUCGGAUUGGCGUUGGCGGUCUUCUGAAUGCAGAUAAGAUCAACCUGGUCGCAAUAGUGCUGGACAAUUUGGAACUGUUUCACCGUCACAGCCGCACCAUGCUCAAAUUGCUGGAGGAACCUACUAAUAACAACGAAAGCAUUUCCGCUGGCAAAAAAUCUACUGCAUACGAACCAGUUCAACCUGUGAGUGGCUCCCGUCAUGGUGUCAACUUUAUUCCAUUGGACGCGGCGAAUUUUGACUUGGACGUCAUUCAGCGCCUGCAACACGGAACGACAGUCAUUCAUUACGAUCCUGAUACUGGUCGAAGUGUUCUCUGUCUCAUACGUCUUGAUCCAAGUUGUGGAGCAAUUUCGUGGCAUAAAAUCAGUCUUUCAACAGCGAAGGAUCCCAGAGAGAAGGAGCCAGCAAUGUCGAAACCUGUGCUGAAUGCAUCACCUGCAACGGUUCCCGACCCUAUGAAGAGCACGGCGCAACAGCUGUCCUCUAAUAAAAUGCAAGGUACGCCAUGCUCUGGGUUCGAAGAAGGUGAGCUCAAGUUGACAGCGGUCAAAGAGGUUGAGCCAGUUGAUAGCUACGACUUGGACAUAGAGUCAAUUUAUCGACGGCAUUCAGUGGAAGAAAUGUCAGUGCCAGUCUGCUGUUGGAAAGUCGGCUUUGGUCAGCUCCUCUCCGACAGUGAAUUCCUGUACUUUCUUGCUCCCCAACAAAUAGCACAAUUUUGGACUUCAGGCUUGCAAAGGGUUGUUCGGAGUCUUCAAGAACAGCAGAAAUAUCCUGAUCGGAGAAUGAUGUGGAUCAAAACCCUGUACCUGCAACUGUACAGAGAAUGUUCAGCAGAGCAUUCUGGAGAGAAAAUAGCCGGACCGAGGCCUUACGAUGCGCUUCAAGCAUUUGGUGGAAGAGUCGAGAGAUGGAAAGGCUUCGGGUUGAAUCAAGUCAACGUUAGUACGUCACGUCCAAACGAUUCAUCUUUGUUGACUGAAUCUGGGGGAACGAAGAAUCGUCUGAAAAAUUUCAAGAACGCUAUGCAAAAGAAGCUAAGAGGCACAUCAAAAGAAGGAAGCCGCUCUCAGAGUCCGCAACCGCCAUCGCCACUAGUGCGGCCAGCUUCUAUCAAAUCUCAGAUGUCUUCUCAGUCAGGCCCACCUGGACCCAGUUCGCCUGGUUAUCUCUUGAAACCGCGAACAGACUUAGCGGCCAGUGAAUGCGGAGAUCUGGACAGCCUUUACACCCCUCGAAGUAGAACGCCAACUAGUAGUUCCUACGGGGGUCGUUCGGUUGGAGGCCGAUCAACGAAGUCGUGGCGUUCUCGAGGAGGAGAAACGCCGAAUUCAGGAUCGAUCAGUAGUAGUGGACAGGUAUCCGGUUUGAACGGUUCGUCUGGCAAGGAAUUUCAAGAGAAACCGCUGACACUCGUUGAAUUCGCGGAACUGUUCCGUCUUUUUAGCACACGAAUGAGGAAAGAUUUGAGGGACGUGUUCAAUGAUGUGUUAUUGGCGGCGUCGACUUCCUCAAACUGUCAAAAGCGGGAUAAAGAGCGACAGUACCCUCGUGCACAGACUCAUUCCUCCAGAGCAGCAAGUACACGUAAUGCUGACUUCGUUUCAAGUGAUUUUCUCACACGGAAUUCGACUGUUCCUUCGCACAACAUAAGCGAAAAGCAAUCCAAGAUUUACAACGCUUUGGUGAUCGCUAGUGUUAACAGCAUGGGAGGUCUGAUGGAUACGUCAAGAUCUUCUUUGAUUACGCCAGGGAUGUUGAAAUCUUUCGUGAACACUCACCAGAUGGAAAUGAUAGAUGAAGAAUAUGCAGCUAAGCUUAUUCAAGAGCACGAACCGGAUCCAUUGUGCCGACAAAAGAACCAAAUGUCAUUUGAAGGAUUCGUACGGUUUCUUUGCGAUCCAGUCAACUUCGCCUUCGUUCCUGAAACCAUUGAACCGGACGAGAAUGAGCUCCAUCUACCCCUUUCUUGUUACUAUAUCAAUUCUAGCCACAAUACGUACCUAACUGGUCAUCAGCUGAAAGGGCCAAGUAGUUCCGAAAUGUAUAGGCAGGUACUUUUAAGCGGGUGUCGAUGUGUGGAACUGGACUGUUGGGAUGGUGAUGACGGCCUUCCACUAAUUUAUCACGGUCAUACAUUGGUCAGCAAAAUUGGAUUCCGUCAAGUGGUCGAGAUAAUAAAAAAGUCAGCAUUCACAACAUCUGAUCUGCCAGUGAUAUUGUCGCUCGAAAAUCACUGCUCCUUCCAGCAACAAGCAAAAAUGGCGCAGAUGUUCAAGACCGUGCUCGGAGACAAAUUGGUAUCGAAUUUCUUGUUUGAAGCCGAUUUUUCCGACUCACCUCAUCUGCCCUCGCCUUGGCAGCUGAGGAAUAAGAUUCUUAUCAAGAACAAGAAAAUGAUUGUUGAUGUGCCGAUGCCGAUACCGUACAGUGACCCACCUUCUCAAAAAAGUGUAACGCAGUCAAGCCUUUACAGGAAACAAAGCAAAAACAGCUAUGAAAGCAGUAUGGUAGAUGAGGUAGAGGACGACGAUUUGGAUGAAUUUCUAGAUGACGAAGAAAACGAUGACGACGACACAGAAGCAAUCGGUGUGCGUACUGAAAGUCAUCCAGAAGUGAGCCCUCAGAGCAGCCAAUCUUUACCGAAGACGGUCGAUACCGUGAAGCAAGACCUUUCCAUCAGCGAGCACAGCGAUACAACAAAUAAACAAGGCAUCGGCCAUAAAGGGAUAUUCGACUCGAAAACCACUGAUGAUGAUAUCCUUUACUCACCAAUGUCUGUCAGCUCUGGUUCAAGGACACUUGCACGAAAAAUUAAUGCUGGAUUGCAAAUUGCGCCAGAGCUCUCUGACAUCGUUGUGUAUUUGCAAGCCACUAAAUUCAAGGGUUUUCCUACAUCUGAUGCGGACCGAUUUCCACCACGUCCAAUUGACGAUCCUUCAUCAACUCCAUCUUUGUCGUCUUCUCGCCCGCGAACUACUUCUAAUCUUCUCAGUACUCCUGCACCGCUACGGAGACAACGCACGUCAACGCAGCAGGAUAGUGUGUCAUCGGAAUCGCUUUUGGGUUCUGGUUGUCGGCCCAAUGCCUCAGCCUCUUGUUAUCAAGUUACGUCACUUAAUGAAAACGCCGCAAAGAAGCUGAUCAAACGGCAUCCAUUCAAAUGUAUUUCCUACACACGCGAUCACCUAAUCCGCACGUAUCCGUCUGCAAAACACUACGACUCAUCGAAUUUCAAUCCUAUCAUCUGUUGGGCACAUGGAUUGCAGAUGGUGGCUUUGAAUUUUCAAACGCCUGAUGUUAUCAUGGCAGUCAAUCAGGCUAUGUUUGAGCAAAGCGGUUGUUGUGGUUUUCAACAGAAACCUCGCGUUUUGUGGGAUGCUACACAUCCACUUCAUGGGAGGUUCAACCCGCUUUCAAAAGAUGCAGUGAAUAGCUCCGCAAUAAUUCUCAGCCUUACGGUUAUAUCUGGGCAGCAUGUCUACCCCGGGUUUCAUUAUGCGAGUCUGUAUGUGGAGAUUGAAGUGAUCGGAAUACCUUGUGAUUGUGUGAAAGAGAGAACUAAAGUCGUGCAGAGGAACUCCGUAAAUCCGUUGUGGGCUCAUACGACAGAACUGCGUAUUACAUUCGUUGACUUGGCCUUUCUCCGAUUAGCAGUUUGUGACAGUAGUCAGAACGGCCGCGUAGUAGCACAGCGUGUUGUGCCAGUUCGGUGUAUUCGUCCAGGAUUUCGUCACCUUCCCUUGAGGAGUACGGCCAAUCAACCAAUUGAAUGCGCUACUCUUUUCCUACGGACACGUUUCGAGCAAGAAGAACACAUUUACCUUCACGAUGAAGACAACACUUCGUAUUACAAUAUUGAUCACGUGCUUGCAUACCGAACUGAUCUCGUUUCACAAGCGCCUCCGGCUCCGCUUUUGAAAAGGCAAAUAUUCGUGAUGAAAGUGAUCGGAGCAUUUGCUGAUGAGACCUCCACAACUGUAUAUGGCGAAAGCGACACCACUGUGAAAGCCAUAAUGCAACAGGCUCUUUUGAAUUCUGGUAAAAACGCCGAGCAGGUGGAUGAGUAUGUCCUAAUCGAGGAAUCGGCGCUGCCUAGUGGAGAAAAUCCAGUCGAGCAAACGAUCUUGUCGCCCAAUGAGCCGAUUAUGGACGCUGUUGCAUGUUGGAAUGGAUCGUCUCGUCGAUUCAUUUUGCGAAAGAAAGGCAGCGUUCAUGCAACUCCUCGAAUAAAUCCCAUGAAGUUCUCCCUCUCC